CACCGUAUCCCACCCAUCAAGCGAUUGCGACGCCAGCUUCAUCACAUUUCCGAGGCGACUGGGGCUUGAAGCGCCCGCUGCCAGGCAAAGCCACUCGUUAUACUUCCACACCGAUCAUUCGAGUCAACGCGCAGGACAACAUCCAACACAUCACCGAUUUCGAGAGCGCCGCAGAUCACACUUUGACGGAGAGGAAAUGGCGGGAAAUGGGCAUACCGAUGAUGGUCAACGAUAAAGACUACUACACUACCAAGGAUCAGAAGCGAAGCGUCUAUGAGGAAGCCCUUGAUAACACGGAUCCCGAUGCGGGCAAGAAUCGUGCGUCGAGCUCACGGAGUAGCGAUUCGUCAAAAUCAGCAGGCUCUCUCGAUGUGAAGAGGUGGAAAUACAACGGACCUUCAAUCUCGGGAAUGCGUGAGGGCGAUUUCAAUCUCUAUGUAAUGAAGACGAUUCGCUCUCGAAAGGAUGAGUUUCGCAAGUUCAUGAUCGAUCGUCUGGUGGACAAACGCGUGCGCGACGAAGAGACACAAUCAAGGGAUCGAUACGCUCGACAACUUUCGGCAUAUCGUAUCCAGCAGAUUCGGCAGGAGGUUGUACAAAAUUACGAUGUCGAGAAGAAAAGACUACGGGAAGAGCACACAGCCAAGCACUUGGGUUCCGAGCUCACCGCUGCCAUCUGCGACUUUUUGGAUUUACCCGGCGUCAUCCCAGAAGGACACGUUAAUGACAAUGGGUUCGCGAGUCGGCUCACAGCCCAGCUUGCGAACGAUGAACCCGGUCCGCCCACGACCCAUCCUGCAGCUGGUUUAUCACACCUUCGUUCGAAUGCCGUCUUGGACAUGCACCCUCUUUGGGGACCUCAAGCUGAGCGGACGCCCGUCCUCGCCCGAGUCGUCAGGCCACGAAUCACAGUUGGAGGCCAGGACAAUGCAGCUAACAUCGGUGUCGGUGGAGUGGUCGCCAGGGAGAACCCUACGAUUGCUAGAUCCGCAUGGCAAGAUCGAUCGGUGAGGCGAGACGAUCUACCACUGGAGGAGAAUUGGCUCGACGCCAACCGCAUGACGCAGGAAUUGGAUCCCGACCUACCGAAUGGCAAUAAGAUCUGGGUCCAGCCGGGCACGGCGCGAAUCGAUGAAAAGGGCCACAUCUACUUGAAUACAUCGCGCAGUAGUAAGGAAGCCAUCGCAGUCAAGACCGCGAAGGAGGAGCCAAUUUUGCAGGCUACUAGCGGCGCCAUUUACACCGAGCCCGCUGUCGCUCCUCCAGGAACAAAGGCCAAUGCGAACUUUGGAGUAGGUUUGCCUGAUCAGCGGCAAUUGAAGGGACGGUCGUUCAAAGGGUUCGACGGGGAGAGUGAGACAGUGACGAGAAUCAAAGAGAUCAUGGCGCAGGGGCGAUCAUGAGCUGUACAUAUUGAUGGUCACAGAGAUGUUGUACAUAUAGAACAUGCUUCUUCGCC